GUUUAAGCAGAAACACCCACACAUGCAUUUUAGCAGGAGUAAAUCCCAGGUGCUCUAAUAAGGAAAAGAAGCCAGUGCAGGCUUCAAGCAUCUCUGGACGGUUUUGGACUUACAGCUUCUACUCUAUAAGUCUUGUUUCAGGAUGUCUUUGUAUGGGAGCUUUUUGACUGAAGAUCAGUUCACAUGCUCCAUAUGCCUGGAUGUGUUCAACAAUCCUUCAACCACACCAUGUGGCCACAGCUUCUGCGUGUCCUGCAUCACUAGAUACUGGGAUGGAUCUCAGAUUUGCCAGUGUCCUUUGUGUAAGAAGACCUACCAGAAGCGACCCGACCUCCAGAUCAACAGGACUCUUAGAGAGAUAACUGAUCAGUUCAAAUCUAUGAGAGGUGGCGGGUCGGUGAAGGACAAGAAAGGACGAAAGGGAGGACACAAGCAUCACAAUUUCAUUGAAGAACUAAAAAUGAGGAUGCCCAAACCACCACCAAAGGAACAUCUACAACUGCCAACCACAGCUCAAACCCAAGCCCGAUCUUUGCCAGGUGUGUCCAUAUCGCCUUCGUUCCCACUGGCCACACCCCCAAUGCCGUUAUCAGUUCCAAACCAUCGGGCCUUUUCCACGCUGAGCCACAGUCCGGACCAUCAUCAUCAGAACAACUUUCAUCAUCUCUCCUCCACUAUGAUUGCCCGCAACCACAGCCGCAGAAGGUUCACCCUGAGUGGGCCAGCUAGUAGCAACGUCCCUCUGUGUGAAAUUCAUAAUCGAGGAAUAUUGCUUUAUUGUAAAUCAGACCAAGUGUGCAUCUGUCCUGAAUGUGAGAUUGAAGACCACAAUGAUCAUGACACUGUGACCAUUGAGACCGAGUGGGUGGAAAAUAAGGUGUUGCUGAAGGACUCUGAACAGCAGAUCCAGGAGAUGAUCAGCCAGAGGAGGAGAAAAAUUGAGGAGAUCAAGAUGUCGGUGGCAGAACUGGAGAUGGCGGUGGAGAGGGAGACGUCAGGCAGCGUGUGUCUCUUCUCCAUGUUGGCCUCUGCCAUCGAACGCUCCCAGGCUGAACUGAUGGAGGUGAUGGACAACAGCCGCAGGGCCGCAGAGCACGAAGCAGACGCCAUGAUUCAGCACCUGGAGAGGGAGAUAGAAGAACUCCAGAGGAGAGAGGCCGCCCUGGCUGACCUCGCCAAGUCAGAGGACCACGUACACUGUAUCAAGACAUUCCCCAGCCUGUCCAGACCUCCAAUCACCAAAGACUGGUCCGCAGUCUCUCUGAAUCUUGACCUGGGAACAUCUACCGUCUACAGAUCAUUGGCAGCCGUGGUGGAGAAGUUCCAGGAAGAUCUAAAAAAUGUUCUAGAAAAUGGUUUUCCCUCUCCAGUAUUGGAAGCCAGUGUGGUACAAACAAAGCCCAGAGUAAAGAAGAUGCAAGAAUAUGCAUUGGACGUUACUCUGGAUUCCAGUACAGCCCAUCCCAGACUGCUGCUGUCAGAAGACCUGAAAAGUGUUUGGUGUGGGGAUCGACACCACCAUGUGCCAGACAGUCCCGACAGGUUUGAUAAAGUCGUCUGUGUCCUUGGGAGAGAAGCAAUCUCUUCUGGAAAACAUUACUGGGAGGUGGAGGUGAAUGGAAAAACUGACUGGGAUCUGGGCGUGGCCAGUCAGUCAGUCAACAGGAAAGGGAAAAUUGAUUAUACCCCAAACAAUGGCUUCUGGUUUCUCAGUUUAAGAGACAGACACAAAUAUGCAUUUCGCUCUGAGCCUUGCACAGACGUGGAGAUUAACCUCCGACCGCAUAAGAUAGGAAUAUUCGUGGACUACGAGAAAGGAGAGGUAUCUUUUUACAAUGUUGAAGCCAAAGUCCACAUCUACACUUUCCACGACAUCUUCACAGAAAACCUCUUCCCGUUCUUCAGCCCCUGCACUAAUAAAUCAGGGAAAAACGAAAUGCCUCUGAUCAUCACUCCAGUAAACAUGAUGGAGUAAAAGCCGACAUGUUUUUCUUUAAGUUCUUUAGAUUUAUCACAAUUUGUUUUCUGUGGCUUCCUUCUUACAUCUUAAAGGGAAUAAAAAUGUAAGGAGAUCAUUUAACACUAACGUUUAGAAGAACUGUUCCUGGAGUUGUAGUCUUAGGAGAGAACAUGGUUAACAAUUGUUCUGCCUUUUUAUUGAACUUGCCUAACUUUCUUUUGGAGUAUUAGCUCUAACUUUUCAAAAAGUUACCAUUGUCUGAAAGUUAAAUUCUCAGACUGUUUUUCUUUUUUUUUUUCCUUGAUUUGGUGUCCUCUUUUGUAAUAUACUCUACCUUCCCUCCACCUUACAUUACAUUAAAUGUGCUGUAUGCCAUUAAUGAAGUAUGAAAGCUGGAUAGACUUGUGUACAGAACAUUUCUAAUUAUGCCUAUUAUAUAGUUUUUGUUCCAAUGUUUUAUUCUGUUAAAUUUAAAGGAGAGUUCAGAUGUUUUUGAACUGGGGUUCUGUUGGGAGGUUUCUAGCUGUCAAUCUACAAUGAUGCAUAACUUUAGAACAAACUGUUGAACCAAUGCUGACUUGCAUCAGAUGGAUGUCACAUAUGGACCUUAUAUAGUAUAAUUGGAAGUCUAUGGUUCCGAUUGUUGCUAUGUUAACUGGUUAUAUAAACUAAAGCAGGAUCCACUCUGUGUUAGAAGUUGCCUCAAUAUGGGUUGUACCUGAGCAGAACAAUUUAAAUAGAUUAUUUUUCUAGAACCUAUUAAGUUCCUGUAUUAGGGAUCCAGUUUUUUUUUUUUCAGAUGUGGGUUGGAUUUAUUUAACCCAAGUGUAAUGAGGUAAUUGUAAGCCUGUAUAAUUUCCAUUCAACCCAAAUAAAAUCUAAAUGGGGCCUUCA